GGCGUCGUGAUUGUAGGCGGAGGCGAGUACUUUGGUCCAGCAAUCAUUGGCAUACACAUGCUUCGUCGCAGCGGCAGUGAUCUACCUGUCCAAGUCUUCGUGGCCGACCAGUCUGAAUAUGAGGAUGAACUGUGCAAAGACUAUCUACCCAAGCUCGGCGCAGAGUGUCUGAUACUCUCAGAUUUUGUUCAAGACUUCAAAGUCACGCACUAUCAACUCAAGUCUCUGGCUAUGUUGCUCAGCUCAUUCGAGCAUGUCCUAUAUCUAGACAGCGACAGUAUACCCCUGCUGAACCCUGAGACAGAGCUCUUUGCAACAGAACCAUACACUUCUGCGGGACUGGUCAUCUGGCCUGACUUCUGGAUCUCUACAGAAUCUCCUUCCUUCUACGAUGUUGUCGGAAUUGGCACAAUGCCACCGAGUCUACCCAAGUCGUCUUCCGAAGCAGGUCAACUUCUCAUCAAUAAGCGAAAACAUCUCAAGACUCUAUUGCUGGCGAAUUAUUACAAUAUCUAUGGACCUGAUUUCUAUUACCCACUUCUCAGUCAAGGUGCGCUUGGUCAAGGAGACAAGGAAACAUUCAUGGCAGCCGCAAUGGUGCUCAACAGCUCAUACUACCGCGUCAAAACAGGAGUCAAGUCACUCGAACGUAACACUGGAUAUGAGGACAAAGGCAGUGCCAUGGUUCAGUUCAGCCCCUCAGAUGACUUGAAUCGACAGGACGGAGACAAGUCCACAAAGCUCAGAGCUGCAUUCGUGCACGCCAAUACCCCCAAAAUGAAUGCUGGGCACCUGGUUGAUGAAGGUGAUCUUGUAAGCAUUGUCGACCAAAAGCCGCUGCGUCUGUGGGGCUCUCGAGACGAGCAGAUAGAAACGUUCGGCUUGGACCUCGAGAAGACGAUUUGGGAGUUGAUCGUACAAAAUGGUUGUGAGUUGGCCGAUGUGAUCCGAGAGUGG